CGCAGGCGGUUCCCGGCAGGGCUGCGAUACCCUGGCGAGCGAAAGCAGCCUCGCUGACAGACACUUCAGCUAUGGCGGAGGGAGAACUGGACGUGGACUCGCUCAUCUCCAGGCUUCUAGAGGUGCGAGGAUGUCGCCCAGGAAAGAUUGUGCAGAUGACAGAAGCGGAGGUGCGAGGGCUGUGUAUUAAAUCCAGAGAGAUCUUCCUGAGUCAGCCCAUUCUUCUGGAGCUGGAGGCCCCGCUCAAGAUCUGCGGUGAUAUCCACGGUCAGUACACAGACCUGCUGAGGCUGUUUGAGUAUGGAGGUUUCCCUCCAGAGGCAAACUACCUCUUCCUGGGGGAUUACGUGGACAGAGGAAAACAGUCCCUGGAGACCAUUUGCCUCCUACUGGCCUAUAAGAUCAAAUACCCCGAGAACUUCUUCCUCCUUCGUGGCAACCACGAAUGCGCCUCCAUCAACCGAAUCUACGGCUUCUACGACGAGUGUAAGCGCAGAUUCAAUAUCAAAUUGUGGAAGACGUUUACCGACUGUUUCAACUGUCUCCCUAUUGCUGCCAUUGUUGACGAGAAAAUAUUCUGCUGCCAUGGAGGCCUGUCUCCGGACCUGCAGUCGAUGGAGCAGAUCAGACGGAUCAUGAGGCCUACGGACGUCCCUGACACCGGGCUGCUGUGUGACCUUCUGUGGUCCGACCCAGAUAAAGACGUGCAGGGCUGGGGCGAGAACGACCGCGGGGUGUCCUUCACGUUCGGCGCCGACGUCGUCAGCAAGUUCCUCAACCGCCACGACCUGGACCUGAUCUGCAGGGCUCACCAGGUGGUAGAGGAUGGCUACGAGUUCUUUGCCAAGAGACAGCUGGUCACGCUCUUCUCUGCUCCAAACUACUGCGGAGAGUUCGACAAUGCUGGGGGCAUGAUGAGUGUGGACGAAACACUCAUGUGUUCCUUCCAGAUUCUGAAGCCUUCAGAGAAAAAGGCCAAGUACCAGUACGGGGGGAUGAACUCUGGUCGCCCUGUGACUCCUCCCCGCACAGCUGCCCCGCCCAAAAAACGAUGAGCGUCGGAACAGGUGAUGACCUCAGAGGAGGGAGAGAGCGUGACAGCAAAUCGGAGAAUGAAGUAUGAGGAGUGAACAAGUGUGAAACUCCCUUGGCAAUUUAUACCAUGACGGGAAAACAAUGUAGUUAAAAUGAUGUGAGAAGCAAAUUUUCUGAUUUUCAAACACUUUACAUCCCCUGCCUCCGAUUUCCUGAGCUAUUAUUUCUGUAUUCCUGUGUUUUUCCUCCAUCUUUGAAUCCCCUUCAUCUGUGUAACUACAUUUGUCAAUUAAGUGUUUUGAGGAAAAAAAAAUGUAUAAAUGCUGUCAUCUACACAUAUGCAUACACACGCACACACCAAUCUAUUCGUCUGCAUAUCAGUGUACCAUUAUGGGUUUUCUUUUGAGGCUGACAGAAUGAUGUACAUUGAUUGAUUUAACUUUUCUUAAGUUUACUGUUUCAUUCUUCCAGCCUGUUUGUGAUGAACAGGAAUAGUUAAAUAAACCAAUAACUUCAUCUGGGGUUUUCAGUAAAUAAACCAGAAUAAAAUUAAAAGGGA